AUGCAAACACACAUAUCUAUCACACUCACUUCAUAUCUAUCUAUCUAUCUAUCUAUCUAUCUAUCUAUCUAUCUAUCUAUCUAUCUAUCUACUUCAGUGUAUUCAUAUCUAUUUCAGUGCAUUCAUAUCUAUCUAUCUAUCUAUCUAUCUAUCUAUCUAUCUAUCUAUCUAUCUCAGUUCAUAUGUAUCUAUCUAGCUCUGUUCAUAUACAUAACAUAUUGCUCUAUCUAUCUCACUUUGUCCAUAUCUAUCUAUCUAUCUAUCUAUCUAUCUAUCUAUCUAUCUAUCUAUCUAAGACUGUUCAUAUCUAUUUAUUUCUCUAUUUCAACCUGGUUACAUCCUGUUCAAUCUGUUCCUAUCUAUCUAUCUAUCUAUCUAUCUAUCUAUCUAUCUAUCUAUCUAUCUAUCUAUUUCAGUAUCAUAUCUAUCUAUCUAUCUAUCUAUCUAUCUAUCUAUCUAUCUAUCUAUCUACUUCAGUGUAUUCAUAUCUAUUUCAGUGCAUUCAUAUCUAUCUAUCUAUCUAUCUAUCUAUCUAUCUAUCUAUCUCAGUUCAUAUGUAUCUAUCUAGCUCUGUUCAUAUACAUAACAUAUUGCUCUAUCUAUCUCACUUUGUCCAUAUCUAUCUAUCUAUCUAUCUAUGUAUCUAUCUCAGAAUCAUAUCAUAUCAUAUCUAUCUAUCUAUCUAUCUAUCUAUCUAUCUAUCUAUCUAUCUAUCUAUCUAAGACUGUUCAUAUCUAUUUAUUUCUCUAUUUCAACCUGGUUACAUCCUGUUCAAUCUGUUCCUAUCUAUCUAUCUAUCUAUCUAUCUAUCUAUCUAUCUAUCUAUCUAUCUAUCUAUCUAUUUCAGUAUCAUAUCUAUCUAUCUAUCUAUCUAUUUCAGUAUCAUAUCUAUCUAUCUAUCUAUCUAUCUAUCUAUCUAUCUAUCUAUCUAUCUAUCUAUCUAUCUUACUCAAUACAUACAAACACACAUAUCUAUCUCACUUUGUCCAUAUCUAUCUAUCUAUCUAUCUAUCUAUCUAUCUAUCUAUCUAUCUAUCUAUCUAUCUAUCUCACACACUUCAUAUAUAUCUGUUUAUCUCUGUUCAUAUCUAUCUGUCAGUUGAUUUCUAUGUAUUUCAGUCUGUUUAUAUCUAUCUAUCUAUCUAUCUAUCUAUCUAUCUAUCUAUCUAUCUAUUUCAGCAUGUUCAUUAUCUAUCUAUAUCUGUUCAUAUCUAUCUCAGUCUGUUCAUACCUAUCUAUAUAUCUAUCUGUCUAUUUCAUCUGUUCAUAUCUAUCUAUCUAUCUAUCUAUCUAUCUAUCUAUCUAUCUAUCUAUCUAUUUCAGUUUGUUCAUUAUCUGUUUAUAUCUAUUUAUCUGAGUCUGUUCAUAUCUAUCUAUCUAUCUAUCUAUCUAUGUGAAUCUGUUCAUAUCUAUCUAUCUAUCUAUGUGAAUCUGUUCAUAUCUAUCUAUCUAUCUAUCUAUCUAUCUAUCUAUCUAUCUAUCUAUGUGAAUCUGUUCAUAUCUAUCUAUCUAUCUAUUUUGUUCAUUAUCUCUAUAUCUGUUCAUAUCUAUUUAUCUGAGUCUGUUCAUAUCUAUCUAUCUAUCUAUCUAUGUGAAUCUGUUCAUAUCUAUCUGAAUCUGUUCAUAUCUAUCUAUCUAUCUGAAUCUGUUCCUAUCUAUCUAUCUAUCUAUCUCUAUCUAUCUAUCUAUCUAUCUAUCUAUCUAUCUCUUCAUUUCUAUCUAUGCAUUCAAACAUAA